UGGCGAUGCAUCUCUCUUCCUUUGCUGGGGCGCUCUUUGUUCUGUGGACUAUCCCCUGUCACUAUUGCCAGUCCCUUUGCAAUGAUCCAGAGUAUCCCAUGCAACAGACGCCGAUCAGCCUGCCCGACCCGGCAUCCAUCGGCCGAUCAGCAAAGGCGCUGUUCUACCGCCUUCCGCCGGUGCGAAACAUGCCCGUCUUCAAGACCUCAGGAACGGAGCUGACCCUCACCUUCCCAAAGUACAUCGGAGGCUUCGGCUAUGAUGUGGCCUUCCCGCCCUCCGCCGCUUACCGGCUGUACCUCAUCCGCAUCCUCAUGCCCUCAGAGCACACCUGGCAGGACGAGGAGAGGGCUGCUGAAGUGCAGCUAUGGGGCAGGAGGGCCGGCGUGGCGCCAGGGCAGACCGACAGCAUCGGUGUGGCCUCCUUUGGUGUGUCUGAGGGGACGACGGCCAGCCCGUUCCUUCACGCCGUGGCCAAGGAUUUGGCGCUUCAUGUCAGCGAUCUGCCUCAUGCCUUCCGGGAGGGCCCCCUCAACCUAUCGUCCCUCUUCGCUGCGGAUGACACGACAAUGAGCCACGACCAGGGCGUGGCGUUCUUUGUCUACAACGGGUCACUGACGGAGGAGCCAUGCUGCGGGAUGGUCAAGUGGUUCAUCAGGGCUACGCCGGUCCGAGCACAUGCGGAGCAGCUGAUGAUGCUGAGGAGGUUUGCUGCACAGAACAUGACAAGCAAGCCGCCAGCCAUGCGGCGACCCAUCCAGGUAGGCAUGCCUCAAAUUACAGAAUCUUUAUCAUAACCGACCGACGUUUCCUUCUGUUUGUUGUCUGUCUGUCUGCCAGCCCAUCAAGUGCGGCAUCCCCUCAGAGCGAGUGACUCUUGUUUCUGCUGUAGAUGCCACCUCGCUGGGCAAGUACCAGCACACAGCAAAGGCCAAGGCGGCCCCGCCCGACCCCAUGGCACGUCUGUCGAUAUCCGAGGUGACCGAGAAGGUCGAGGAGCUCAAAGAGGGCCUUGACACUGCCGAAAUGGAGUUACGUCGCCCAUCCCAUGCAAGGGAAUGUUCUUUUCACUACAUGGGUUCUUUGUCUGCGCAGGUGAAGUCGGCCACCGCACGAUUGAAGCAGCGCGAGGACCACCUGAAGGCUUUGGAAACCGAAGACCAAGACGACACAUCGACAGCCGAGUCCACGAAAACUUCGGUAUGGAAGGCAAGAACGGGGAUGACGAAGCUGCAAUUUUGUCUCUCUCUUCCUUUUGUGUUAGUCAUGGAUUGUGGACUAUGAAGGCGAGUCGAAGCCGACCAAGGCGCGAAACGAGUAAGCAGGGAGGGUUCACUUCAAUGGAUGCCAAAGUGUCAUUCUUGUGUGUCAGGUACAACGAAGUGUUGGCUGAGUUGGCUUCUGCGGAGGACAAGCUGCGCACCAUCCAUGCGCAGCUAAGGCGAUACAACGAACGGCUGAGGUGCCUCAAUCAGGUGUGGGGCCAGGCAGGCAUGAAAAGCAGAGAGUGCAAAAGGUUCGUGAUGUCCGCCACCUUCGUUGCUGCAUGUAGGAGGAGGACACAGGGCGCAAGCCGUGGCAUUUUGAGAUGCGAGUCCCUCCACACAGCCCCAUCUAUCCUGUAGACGCAGGUGUCUGCUUGCAUUCCCCAUUUUCUCGUGUUCAUGUAUUGUCUUAAGACUGUCUCUCCCAUGGGUUUCAGGUUGUUUGGCUGACCCCUACUGUCGCGUUGACGUAGAGGAAUGGUCCCCAACCCCCCCGCUCCCAGCGAGAGACUGGCAGCACCAUCCGCUACGCGCCAACCUGAUGCAGCCCGACCUUCCUGAUCUCGAAUACCCCACUUGUGUGGAGGUGGUGGACGCACCGCUACCUCAGCCCGUUCACGCCAUCGAGAGGCCCAAGGAGGCUGUCGUUCGGUCUGACGUCACGUCGGGUCCGACGUGACGUCAGACCGUGUGGCCAUGGGGAUAGCCGAGAAG